AUGUCUCUUCUAUCACCAUUGACUCGGUUCUCGACUGUGGCACUUGCGCUUGCGACAGCGCUGUGGCAUGCAGGGACCGUCGCGGGGAGUACCAUCAUCAGUGGCCGGGAAGGCUACAGACUUGGAGAGGAGGUACCAGUAUCAUGCCUCAACCGGACUACAGAAGGAGAACAUAUUACAGACAGUCUAGGAAAACUCCAAUAUAUCCCAUUCGUAACAUGCAACGAAACCUCUCGUCCUCUAUCCUUGCACUAUGGCGUCUCCGAAACAAUCACCUGCACUAUUCCCGCCCUCUCAGAUGAAAUGUACCACCUAUUUGAAUACUACGUCCACUCCGACGUCCCAAUGACAUGCCGCGUGCCCACAUCUCCCCUCUCCCCGUCUCCAGGCUCCUCAGAGAAAAGCGACUCGGACGACGAGUCCAGCGAAACAGGUUCCCUCGCCGCGUUGAGUGAGAACGGACCCCCAUUCACUCCUCUCACCAUCGCCAUCCAGGGAACCUUGCAACUUAGCCACCUGCACAUCUGGUCCGAUAUGAACAUGCUCAUGCAUGACAUCGCCUCAGACGCAGCAGUGCAACAGCAAAGCUCCACGAAACAAGGUCUCCAAAGCGGACAACCCGGCUACGUCGUUGCGGGAACUGCAUACUCGACGCCGGAGUUUGAAACUGCGGUUAAGAACAUCGAGGAGGACCCAGACGAGAACGCCGUUGUUGUUUCACUGGCUGCGCGUGAACCAUGGACACUUGGCCACGGGACGAAGGUUGUGCGCGGUGAACCGCUAACAUUCUCGUUCCAUGUUGCGUGGUUAGAAGGUGGUGCUGGUAUCGGCUGGCCGGAGCGUUCUGAGACGGAUUCCUUCUUAGGACUUGGUGCUGUCGCUUCCAGUGGAUCUGGAGCUGGGUCUUUCUUCUCGCGCCUGUUCUUCUUUGUUAUGGCUGCUGCUGUUGGUAGCGUGCUUGCUCUUUACUGGGAGCGGAAUGGACAGGGCUUCAGGGGGGAAGGCUGGAUGGAGAGGUGA